UUAACGUUAACUGGCUAGAUACGCAGUCGUCUCUGACGGUCAUUCUUCUCUUUGCCAGUUGCCUUAUUGUGUAACAUUAAAGUUAGCUACUUACUAACUCGUUAACUACCUAACAUAACUAGCUGGAAUAUGUAAUGUUACCAAAGGAGGAACUAACGUUAGCUAGCAACAUUGUUUUGCUAUAGGCUAGCCUUCGCACUGGUAAACAAUAUCGAGUCUGGACAGUUAGUGCUGUGUAACUUUUUACCUAGAUAACAGUGAAACCGUAUUAGCUUAAAGUUGCCUGUUUUAGGGCUGUACAAGCUAGUAUGUGACCCCAAUGACUAUUUCACGUAACGUUAACUAGCUCACUAAGGUCACAAAUAAGAAGAAACAAAUUAUUGGAUGAACAGCAACGCUGGAUUGUUGCUAUGUUGACUUUGUUCUACUCUACCGCCAUGGUGACCGAUCCCCAGUCAAAGCCUACCCUACUGAUCGCUACCAGGAGAGCUCUUGGCCACAGGGCUUUGGACAGCUCUCGCAGGAAGGAAUGAGGCAGCACUUUGAGCUGGGACAGAUGCUGCGGAAACGCUAUCGGGGUUUUCUAAAUGACACUUAUGACCGACAUGAGAUUUCUGUGAGGAGCACAGACUAUGACCGGACCUUGAUGAGUGCAGAGGCCAACCUGGCAGGAUUGUACCCUCCCAAUGGGUCACAGGUCUUCAACCCAUCACUGGAGUGGCAGCCUAUUCCUGUUCACACUGUGCCCCGGGAUGAGGAGAGGCUUUUGUCGUUUCCCAUUCCGGGUUGCCCUCGUUAUAAAAUCCUCAUGAAUGAGACUAAACGCACAGAAAAGUACCUCAACAUGACAUUUCUAUACAAAGAUCUAAUAGCGACGGUACGGGAGAAAACUGGUCUGAAGAACACCACCAUUGAGACUGUUUGGAGUGUCCAUGACACCCUGUUCUGUGAGGCAAGGCACAACAUGACCGCUCCUGACUGGGUGACCCCUGAGAUCAUGGAUGAUCUGAGGAAGCUCAAGGACUUUGGCUAUGAAAUCCUGUUUGAGGUCUACAAGCGUCAGGAGAAAAGCCGUCUCCAAGGAGGUGUCCUCUUGGGUAGCAUUGUAAAUAACAUCUCGGAGUCUGCACUUCCCGACUCUAAUCGCCGUCUGAAGAUGAUGAUGCUCUCUGCGCAUGACACCACCAUUGUGGCUUUGCAGUCGAGUUUGAGUAUCUUCAAUGGAAAGCAGCCGCCCUAUGCCUCCUGCCACAUAUUUGAACUCUAUCAGGAAGACAACGGAUCAUUCACAGUGGCCAUGUUUUAUCGCAAUGACACCACAAGAGCGCCUUACCAACUGGCUAUACCUAGCUGUGACCUCUUCUGCCCCCUGGAGGACUUUGUGCGCCUCACCAAACCAUCCAUCCCAGAGGAUUGGGAGAAGGAGUGCAUGGUUGAGCCUCCUACAAAGGACACAAGGGUGGUCAUCGGACUAGCAGUUUGUGGCUGUUUGCUCUUCCUCCUUAUCGUCCUUCUGCUCGCUGUGCUUUGUCGGCAACGUGAUCCCUCCAACGGCUACAGUCACGUUCACAAUGAGAUUGAAUCUUGACAAAAGUACAAACUCCACCGUAGGCAGGAUUCAUGGGAGAGUGAAGAUGUUGUUUGAAUGCCUCCCAGCUCUGCCCUCUGGUGGGGGAUGCAGGAAAAGGGAACACUAGACUCCUUUUAGUGCAACUUUUUACAUUUUUUAAAAUAAUUUUUUUCCUUCAAAGGACUGUGGCCUUUCACCAAAAAUGCACAGAAACUUAGUGAGGAGGACAAAGGUUAUCUAGUCUUCUAGUGAACUGUUGUCAUGGUAAGUAUUCCUAAGCUUGUGAAUGAAGUUGGCUACUGCAUUCGGACAAAAUUGGCUUUUUAAAAAAAAAAUUUCAAAUACUACUUGUACUCAUGGGUCCAAGUCACCUGACCAGCGUUCUUACAAAAUGGGGACCACUGGAUGCUUCAUGCUUGUUUGAUUCUCCCCUUGGAGAAUAAUGAUCAUUGUGACACUGAACCCGAAGACUGCUUGUGCUUCAUUCUCUCCAAGGAACAGAUUUUGGCCGACUGUACUGAGCAAUCUUCUAGCGAGUCAUUUGAUAAAGAAUGCUAUUUAUUUCCUCUGGUGGUGAUUGUCAUGGUACUUGGAGAAGCCUUCACAUCAUGGUAGUCUUGGUAAAGAAUGUCCAAUGACUACCCUUGUAUAUGGCACACUCUUUAGUUUGUCCAUUUUCAUCUCACUCGAUUUUACAUGAAAAAAAAUUCAAAGUUUAUAAUUUCAACUGCUCCUUGGUAAUGUGACCGACUGACCUCAAACUACUUUCAGAAUGUCCACGGACUGGCGGAGACAGGUGCCACGAGGCAUACAGUGUGGUAAUGCGGCCGAUCCCGGAAAAGCUGGCAGGAGCCCUGGAAUGGGUUCGCCACGAGCGAGGGGCCCAAGCCCUGGAAAGCGUUGCUGUUUCCGCGCCGUCCAGUGAGCUCUCCCUGGCUUUUGAAAGUCCGGGGGAGAGGGUGUAAAUCUCACGCCGGGCCAUAUUACUUUACUAUAUCCGCAGCACGUCUCCAAGGUGAACAGCCUCUGGCAUGUUAUAACAAUGUAGGUAAGAAAAGUUGUCAAAAAAGAUCCGUAACUUUGGGAUAAGGAUUGGCUCUAAGGGCUGGGUCGGUCGAGCUGGGGUGCAAAGUGGGGCUGGACUCGAACCGCGGCUGGGGGAGCAGUCCCUCCGUCACCCUCCUCUCACCACCAUUUCAUUGUGUGGCCCAUCUCGCGGUCUCUUGUGCGUGGUCUCGCAAGGGUCUGCGUGCGGGGAUCCGUUGGGGUGGUGUCCGUCGGCGGACCGGUGGGGGGGGUUGGGUCCGGCGAUUGGUGGCGGCAACUCUGGACGCGCGCCGGGCCCUUCUCGCGGAUCUCUCCAACUAUGGCGCUCGCCUGCCCCACGCAUUGUAGGUGGGGAGGUCUCCUCUACGCUCACUAGACUUGAGUCGGAGACUAGACCCAAUGGCCCAGCAGUGAUGGGGCAUUGCAUGGAUCUGGCUCAUGCCCUACAAAGUGGGGAGCGGUAUCUCCAGCUUGUCUGGGGAGGGAGGCCUAUGUCUGUAGGUAGUACAAUCCACGCCCAGGGAUUUGUACGUAGCAGAGCAGCUCACUCGCGGCAAUCUAUUGAAAGUCAGCCCUUGAUCCAAGCUUUUGUCGGGGACGGAAGGCGUCUUCCUCCACCAUCCUCCUUUACUUAAGGGUUAACAGGUGCAUGCAGAAGGGCCAGACAGUGUGAGAGAGCCCAGGCAGGUGGGUAGAAAGCAUCAUUGGGCUCUGGAUAGGUGGUGGUCGCCCAUCCGCCCGGGCCCGUCCUCUGGUGGGACUGUGAGUCAGGGUGGGACUCGCUGUGGAAGGGGGGCUGGGGGCAGCACUCAGGCUGUGGCGGUUGGGUUGGGGACUGAGCAGGAAAAAGCAGGCGGGUCACCAGGUGCACAGAGCUUGUUUCAGGUUACCAGGUGCACAAGGAGAACGCCAAGGUGGGGAGCAGUCCGAGUCCAAGCAGGGGCGGCCGGACGGGGGGCUGGGGGCAGCACUCAGGCCAUGUAUGUUGGCGUGGGGACUGAGCAGGAAAAAGCGGGCGGGUCACCAGGAGCACAGAGCCUGUUUUGAAUUACCACGUGCACAGAGCCUGUUUCGACAGUGGGACUGUAGACGUCUUAGUAAUUCCAGGGAGUAAGCCUAAGGCCAAGGGAAAUGGAUGUUGACUGGGUAGGGAGAGUAGGUGUGGAGGCCUGGAGGUAUGCAGUUCCAGGGAGUAAGCUAUACACACUAAGGCCCAGGGAGAGGGCGGGCAGGGAGUAUAGGCCUAGAGACCAGGAGUCAAGAGGUCACCAGGUCAAUAGGGGGGCCUGCCUGGAGGUCAGGAAGGCCCAAGUGAAUAGGUGUGUGAGUGACACUGUCCUUCAGGGGUGCAGAGCAGGCAACUUAAUGUAAAAUCGUGUGAGAUGAAAAUGGACAAACUGAAGGGUGUGCAAUGUGUAGGCCCACUGAGUGUACAUUCUGAACCUUGUUUGAAGUCAGGUCACAUGACCAAGGAGCUACUGAAAUUCAAAUGUAAAAAAAGUUUGUACAUUGUUUACGCUCCCUAACUAAUUCAACUAGGAAUACAAAUGCUGCUUACACAUGUUUAUUAGCUUUGCAAAGUGAAUUAAUGUCCAAAUCGUGAGAAUAAGACCUGUGCUGAAACACAAUAAAAACAAUGAAUAAAAGUCCAA